AUGACCUAUGUCACGUUCAUCAGAAGCAAGGCGGAUUGUCCGGAGCUGAACAGGGACGAAGUUACGCGGGAUGGUGGACAGGGAUUCCUCGAUCUCAUGCAGCAGUUUAUGCUCCCGGAUAACGCCAAUGUUCCAACGCAGCCUCAUGUCAUGGCCAACUCUCGGUUCGACAAAAUGAUUGGGUUCAAAGAAGAUGACACUCACAAGGCUCGUUUGGCACAACUUUCAAUGGCAAGGAUGAUCAGAUCGGAGUACAUAGCAAACUUUGUUAUGAACGUCCUCAUGUCAUGCAAAGGUAAAACGCCCGAGAUCACUGUCUUCACCACCGAACACUCGAAAACCAAGUUCACUCUCAAGAAUCACUCGGAAAUGUUCGAGAAGAUGAUGGGAAAGAUUGCAAGCAAGCAAUUUAAGAGGGACGAGUACUGUCUCAAGGUCGAAGACAAAGAGAAGGACGGUAAAAUGACAGUCUGUUCUCGGUCCAAAUCCAUCGGACGCGAGAUUCGGUAUUGCAGUCGUGACUGUCAAGUGGCGGAUUGGAAGCAGCAUAAGAAAGAAACGUUCACAUCGGAGAUAGCGAAAGCAACACCAAAAGACCUGACAUCCCGACAUGUUCACCUGGGCAUCGACAGUCAGUCACCAUAUGUUGUUCGACUCAUCGAGUACCUCGAACUCAGCACAAAGCACGACUACGUUGUCGAAACAAAACCUGGUACGGACGAUGUCUUCGGUAUCAAGCUCGACGAGGUCCCUGGUGCUGUCGCAUUUAUUCAUAUGCGGAAUAUGCUCUUCACCACGUCUGGUCCUGCGCGGAAGGAGCUCUGCUCCAUGUUUACAGAAUACUUCAGACUCAAGGUGGUGUUUCUGGAGAACGUUCCGUACAGGACCAACUUAAGCGCGAAUACGGGGAACUUUUAUGGAACCGAAUGCAGGCCCUUGUUAAACGGGGUCCACCAUUCUCUAUACCUGAAGUAUAUCGCAAAGAUGUUGACGUUAUCAUCAAAGCUUUGA